UAUUUCAGAAGACGCGUAAUUUUUGUGCGGUCGACAGGGUUUGAUUUAAAAACGGUUGACAAAGACUGACGCCGGGUUCCUGUUUUUAUUGUGAUUAAUUAAAAUCGUUGAUUACACUGGUACUGAGCCUACAGUAGAGGCCGAAAUCCAAAAAGAUACGGUACAAUACAAUACGAAAUCGUUGAUUCCCCAGAAUGGAACCGUUCAAAACGCCGAAUAAAUGUAAGAGGUUGGAGCCCAAGUCCGAGGCACACACGCCAAUUCGCAUUCCACCGUCGCCCUUUCUUAAACAUCUAGGUUAUGGCUGUGGAGUCAGCGUCUUCACUUUGGAGCGAUCGCCUAAGGUUGGGUUCGCUCGGUCACCAUGGGCAAUUAAAAAACUAAACCGUAAGAUAACGGACGAUAAGAGGUACACUGAACGAAUUCGACUGGAAGCAGAUAUUCUUAGGAAAUUAAGUCACCCUAAUAUUGUUGGCUUCAGAGGGAUCGGCGAUACAUUAAAGGGUGACUUAUGCCUUGCGAUGGAGAAGUUGGAUCAGUCGUUAGGAGACCUGAUAGAGGAAAUGGUAGAAGCGGACAAAAGGUCUUUUCCUGCAAGCGAUAUUUUGAAAAUCAGCUUCGAAGUCGCUAAGGGCUUGGAGUAUUUACAUCAUACUGCACACAUUUUGCAUGGCGAUGUAAAAAGUUUUAAUAUCUUGGUUUCUGACAAUUGUAAUGUAGUGAAGUUAUGCGACUUUGGAGUUUCGGUACCUUUGACAGAUUCAUUAGAAAUGGAUACCUCCAAGGGAAAAUAUACUUACAUUGGUACUGAGUGUUGGAGCCCACCCGAAGUAAUAAAUGAAUGUGGACCAAUAACGAAUAAAGCGGAUAUGUGGGCAUAUGGUCUUGUAAUCUGGGAAAUGAUAGCUUUAUCACCACCACACAUUGAAUCGGACAAUGAUUCUACAGAAGACGCUUCUUUCUCUGAUGCAUCAUUUAGCGAUGCGAAAACCACUAACGAAAGUUGUGCCACCGAUAUGGAUGACACCUUAGAAUGCCUGAAAAAUUGUUAUAGUUCAAAGUAUGGGACACGGCCACCGUUACCAGCUAUGGAAGUAGGACCAGAAUAUCAACACGUUCUAGAAAUAUUUUUUGCUUGCACUGACACAGAUUACAAAACGAGACCAAGUGCUAAAGGAGUUGUUAAGUAUUUUGAAAACUACGUGAAAGCAAAAUCGACAAGUAUGGCAAGCAAUACUAAUACUAAUUAAGUUACGUCAUAACGAUAAAGCCAAUGGCUAAAUAAAAAAUAAGAAUAUGGACGAAUA